AUGCUGCCAUCUUCAUCGUCGUCGUCCUCAUCCAGAAACGAUGGAAUCCAUCUCAUUGUCUGUGUCCACGGAUUAGAUGGCAACAGUACUGAUCUUCGCUUAGUUCGUACCUACUUGGAGAUGGCGCUGAGUUCUUCUGGACGCGUGGACUUCCUGAUGUCAGAGAGAAACCAGUCCGAUACGUUUUCAGAUUUCGAGGUGAUGACCGAUAGAUUGGUCAAAGAGAUUCUCUACCAUAUUGAUCUCUACAGCAUCAAGCCAACUAAAAUUAGUUUCAUAGGGCACUCCCUGGGAAACAUCAUCAUCCGGUCGGCACUGACCCGUCGAGAGAUGGCCCCUUUAUUGCCCCGUCUGCACACCUUCCUCUCCCUAUCCGGCCCCCACCUUGGAAUGCUCUUCAACAAUAGUGGAUUAGUUAAUAUGGGAAUAUGGUUCAUGCAGAAAUGGAAGAAGUCAACCUCCUUACUGCAGCUUUCAUUGAAGGACCAUCACGAUCCAAGACAGACAUUCCUCUACAAACUCAGCCAGAAGCCUGUGCUGAGGCAGUUCCGAAACGUGCUGUUGGUGGGAUCCCAGCAGGAUCGCUACGUCCCAUUCCAUUCAUCCAGGAUCGAAAUAUGCAAGGCCGCACUGAGGGACACAUCUGGAAUCGGUAGGCCUUGGUUAGAGGUAAUUUAUAAUGCAGGGUCAGUGUACAUUGAAAUGCGUCACAACACCACACUGGUCCGGUAUGACGUCUACCAUGCACUAACCAGCAACACCAAUCACUUCAUCGGCCGUGCAGCUCACAUAGCUGUCCUCGACUCGGAACUCUUCAUCGAGAAGUUCAUCAGCGUCUCCGUCCUCAAGUACUUCCUGUGA